AUGUGGGCCCUGAAAAAAGGCCGUUCUCGGUUCCGCGGCGCUAGUUUGUCCCCCCAUAUCCUUGUCCUCAUCUUCUACCAUCAUCGGGGGGUCCACCGCUCCUGCGUGACCCGUCUUACUUGCGCCGUCUGUAAUGAUCAGACCAUGCGCAAUGUUCGCCCCUCCGAAAGAUCAAGGCAGUAUUUCGUAUGA